AUGCAUCAUCAUUUCUGCUGGAGCUUUAAUUUCUUAGAUAUUCAUAAUCAGUUUGUCUUUGUAUUGGCUACGGAAAAGAUGGUAUCACUUUUACCUCUUAAUGCGGAAUUGCAAAAAGUUGCUAAUAACGAAUUGGGCGAAGUGCCUUCAAGACUAGCAGAUGAUUUGGAAGCUCUGCGACAAUGGCUACGUCUCCAGCCUCAUUUAAAGGCACGCGAUGAUGAUCAAUUUCUUGUACAGUUCCUGAGAGGUUGCAAAUUCAGUUUGGAAAGAGCAAAGGAGAAAAUUGAUUUGUAUUUUUCAUUGAAAUCUCAAUAUCCGGAAAUGAUGAAUGUUACCAAUGUGGAUGAUCGAAAAUUUCGUGAAGUGCAUCGUUUGGGAUGUUUCCAGCCUCUACCCAUACCCUUAAAUGGAAAUGGUGCAAGAAUUGUGGUCUUCCGUUUCGAUUAUCCUGUCAAUAAAUACAGUAUCGAUGAAAUACUGCAAGCAGGCAUUGCCAUGCAUGAAGUCUUAAUGAUGCACGAUCCCUAUGCGGGUAUUCAUGGCCUUAUUUACAUCAUUGAUUAUGGACAUGCCACUGCCAGUCAUUAUCUUCAGUUGACACCGAAUUUUUGCAAAAAGUUGGUAUCAUUUCUGGAAAAAUCAAUGCCUUUGCGUAUAAAAUCGCUGUACUACAUCAAUACGGCCGCAGCGGCUCAGCAAUUUUUUAAAAUUCUUAUACCAUUCUUCUCGGAGAAGAUGCAAAAAAGGCUCCAUGUGAUGGGCCAUAAAUUAGAUGAAAUGCUUAAGGACUUGCCUGCCCAGUAUUUGCCCAAGGAUUAUGGCGGUGAUUUACCUUCUGUACAGGAACUUGCUGCCGAAUAUGAUAAGACUUGGGAUAAUAAUCGUGAAUUCUUCAGAGCUAAUGCCUACUAUGGGACGGAUGAGAAGCUGCGACCAGGCAAACCUUUGGAUAUAGAUGGCUUAUUUGGUGUGGGUGGUUCAUUUAGAAAAUUAAAUGUAGAUUAA